UGGCCCUUGGUUGGCUUGUGUUUCUUCUGUUAGUGGGCAACAGUGUUGUACUUGGAAACUCACUCAACUACAGUAUAUUGCAAAGAUGUAUGAAGGAUAUCGACACGUUCCUUUGGGAAUUAAACCAGGACAAGCCAAAGGAAUAUGCUGCUCUCAUGUAUGACUCCUUUGGAAAGAUGGGCAGCAGUGUUAAAGACGGUAACGUGAACCAGCCUGGUUCGCCGCAGCAGUGUCGCUCUGCCAUCGGCCCCAGCUUCUCUACACAGUACUGCCAGGUGUUCCUGAAGCAGGGAGCAGCGCAGUAUUUUGUGGGUAUUUGUGUUCCUGACUCAUGUGGGGUAGACGAUGUGAAGCAGCUGGUGCAGUGUGACAGACUUCAGCUUAACCAGAAGUCCCUGCUUAGUCCAUUACCUCCAAUCCUGACCAAUCAGUCUUCUCGGGAGCUAAUCAUGACUCACUGUAUGGCUGACGCAGUUGCUCUUGAUGCAUCAGACAUCGCCUGCAUGUGUGUGUGUUGUGUAAUGUUAGCCAUUCCUCUUGUGGCCACUCUGUUCACAGCCUUAAGAAGAUCAGAGCUGAGCAGCAAGGUCAAUCCCACAAUAGAGUUGUCCCAUUCAAACUCUUAUGGCACCCUGAAAACCAAUGACUUGUCCAGCAAAGAAAUGAAUGGGGGCACAUUAGAGGAAAAUGGCAGAAUCGGCCCUGCUGGACAGUGUCUUUCUCUAAGCUGUGUUACCAGCUGCUUUCAAGCACUCUCCUUGCAGACAACAAGCAUGGGAGUCCUCAGCACCGCCUCCUCUUCCCGAUGUGAAAACUAUACCUCUCUGAACGGCAUUCGUGUCCUCAGUUUGCUGUGGAUUAUAUGUGGCCACUCUGCACAGUUCCCAGUUAUUAACAACCUAGAUAACUACAAAACAUGGAGGAAAGCAGUUGAAAGCAGCCCGCUAUAUGUGCUCACCAUCAGCGGGCCUAUUUUUCUCGCUGUUGAUACCUUCUUAUUGCUGGGGGGUUUACUCAGUGCCAGGUCUUUGCUGAGCUCAAUCGACAAGGCAGAAGACAAUUUAAGUCUCGGUCUGGUUGCAAACUAUCUCUUCAAGAGGAUCAAAAGGAUUCAGCCUUUGCAUCUGUUUACAUUGUGUCUCACCAUCAGCAUCAUCUCUUUGGUGCGGUGGGGCCCCUACUGGUUCCCAUUUGUUGAAAUGUUGAUGGACUGCAAGGCAUACUGGUGGGCUAACUUACUGCUGGUUAGCAAUCUCCUACCAGUCCAUGAGAUUUGUAUUCCCUGGACAUGGUACUUGUCUCUGGACUUCCAGUGUUACGCCACAACCCCCUUGCUGGUCUAUAUUUAUAGACUUAAAAGGAGUGUGUUUGCUGUUGUGGUAGGAGGCCUUUUGGUGAGCACUACUGUGGCCAGUGCUGCUAUAACUGCACGCCUGCACCUUCCAGUCUUUCAGCCAUCCACAAUAACAUCAGACAACUAUGUUUUGCAUUACUAUGUGAAACCCUACACAAGAUAUGGACCGUUUCUAAUAGGGAUCCUAACAGGAAUAUACCUGACAAGAAAGAAAGAUCAACUAUUAAAGGAAAGGUGGCAAGCAGCGCUUGGCUGGUUCUGCUGUUUUUCUCUGACGGUUUUGCUGAUCGGACUGGCCUACUUCCUGAAAGAAACCCCACCUUAUCCGUCUGUGGCUCAUGCUCUAUAUCAGGGGUUGCACAGACCAGUGUGGGCACUGACUGUGAGUUGGAUCAUACUGGCCUGUGAGGAGGGCUGUGGAGGUUUUAUCAAGACAUUCUUGUCCUUUGGUUUCUGGGUUCCACUUUCCAACAUUAGCUUUGCCUGCUAUCUGAUACAUCCCAUCUUCAUCAUCCUCUACAAUGGCAUGCAAGAGACGCCGAUCCACUACACAGACAUCAACUUUAUGUACCUGUUCCUCGGUCAUCUGGUGCUAACUCUGGCAGUUGGCUGUGUUCUCACUAUGUUGGUUGAGAAACCCUACCUCUUCCUGAAACCCAAAUGCAUCUAGAGAAUCUGCCUCAUUUAAUACAACACCAUUCACAUAUAUAUUUUGGUAUCCCUCGUAAAGAGUUGGCAAAAUGCUGCCACAGCAAAAUCAUUACAGACAAGUUGAGAUUAGUAGAUGUUUUCUUAUUGUUACUUAAUUUCUUAUGGAGAUCAAAACAUGUCUGCCUUUUUUCUUUGGUUUUUGCCUUUUCUUGUUUUUCACAUUUUGAAGAGUGUCUAAGAGAAGUGGUCAUCCUUAUAUUUACACAACAGCUAAACAAAAAUUCACUCACUAAAUGUUCCUACAUUCAACGUAGGUUAUACAUUGCAAAUCCUUCAGUUGCAUUUAUGUUAUAGGUAUUGUUAGAUGUGCUGGUUGUCAUGGUACAGACUCUUUUAGAAAAAGAAAGCAAUUAAAGCUGUAGAGAAAAAAUAGGAAUGAGUAUGGAGAUAUGGGUAAUUAAUAUAAUUUGCACAAUACUGAGUAAUUCAAAUAAAAAACUAAUGUAACCUUUUAAGAUUUUUAGCAAAG